UGAAUUAUUUAGCUCUUUAUUUGUUUGUUUGUAUGUACAGUAAGUGUGUCUGAGUCCUUGUACAGUCAUGGAGGGUUUGCUAUACCUCAUGAGAUGUUUCAGGUAUAACCGAAUGGAUCUCGACGAGCGAUGAUGCCUCUGCUGUCUUGUGUUAAUUAUGUGAAGACUUUGCAGUAACUGCUGUAACCAAAUGACCAUCACGUUGUGCCUGGUUACUACAGCAAACAGACAUUAAACUAUGCCUUAUAUAAGAAAUGUCACCCACCAUGAUGCAAAGCAAUUGAAAGGCAUGUAUUCAGUUCUGCCGCCUGGUCCUGUGCUGUGCAUUUAUAACAUAUGUGUAAUUCUAAUGUAUGUACUGGAUGUGUCCAUGUGUGUUUCAGACAAUCCCAUGAUUGUUUAAGAGCAGUGGUGGAAAAAGUACUUCAUUGUCAUACAUGAGUAAAAGUAAAGAUACCUUAAUAGAAAAUGACUCCAGUAAUAGUGAAAUUCACCCAGUGAAAUACUACUUGAGUAAAAGUCUAAAAGUAUUUUGGUUUUAAGUAUACUUAAGUAUCAAAAGUAAAUGUAAUUGCUAAAAUAUACUUAGGUAUCAAAAGUGAAAGUAUAAAUAAUUUCAAAUUCCUUAUUACACAAACCAGACGGCACCAUUUGGUGUUUGUUUUUUUAACGGAUAGACAGGGGCACACCUCAACACUCAGAAAUAAUUUACAACACAGCAUGUGUGUUUAAUGAGUCCACCAGAUCAGAGGCAGUAGGGAUGACCAGGGAUGUUCUCUUGAUAAGUAUGUGAGUUGGACCAUUUUCCUUUCCUGCUAUUUAUUCUAAAUUUAAAAAGUACUUUUGAGUACAUUCUUUUCUUUAGGAAUGUAGUGAAGUAAAAGUAAAAGUUGUCCAAAAUAUCAAUACUAAAGUAAAGUACAGAUACCCCAAAAAACGAAUUAAGUAGUACAUUGAGGUAUUUUUACUUAAGUACUUUACACCACUGUUAGAGCCAUCUUGUAUGAAAGUGACACAAGGAUCAUUCUGUUCCUGGCCUGAUAAUGCUUGAAUAGAUAUUUUUAAGGGGCGGCAGGGUAGCCUAGUGGUUAGAGCGUUGGACUAGUAACCGAAAGGUUGCAAGUUCAAAUCCCCGAGCUGACAAGGUACAUCUGUCGUUCUGCCCCUGAACAGGCCCCUGAACAGGCAGUUCACUGUUCCUAGGCCGUCAUUGAAAAUAAGAAUUUGUUCUUAACUGACUUGCCUAGUAAAAUAAAGGUAAAAUUAAAAUAUAAUUUGUCAUGUUUACAUUAAGAAUUAUGUUUAUAUCUGAAAUCUUGUGUGUAGAGGAUAUGACAAAUACAUGGAUACAAAUUGAUUCUGGGGUUAGGGAUGGGUGUGUAUGUUCUAGAACAAUAACCGGAAAGGUCAGAGUUGAUGACAAUGGUGUAAUUUAUGGGGAAAGCAUUUAACAAUAUUGCUGAUGUUGAUGUUUCAGAUGCAGAAGAUUAACACACAUACGUUAACAUCUCCACAUCCCGAGUGUCCCUUGUCUUGUGUUCUGUUGCUAAUGAUUUCAGUCAAUUCCAGGCCCCUUAACCUUUUAGUUUUAAGACCAUUCGGGAGGAGCUAGACAGCCACCACACAGGCCAGCAUUGAAAUUCUGCAUGUAUUGUCUCCCAAAUGGUGCAGCGAUCUUAGGCACUGCAUCGCUACAGACCAAGGUUCGAUCCCAGGUGGUUUCACAACCCACAGUCACCGGGAGUCCCAUAGGGCGGCACACAAUUGGCCCAGCCUCGUACGGAUUAGGGGAGGGUUAUGGCCUCUGGGGCUUUAUUUGGCUCAUAGUGCUUUAGCGACUCCUUGUAGCGGGCCGGGCAUCCGCUGGUUGCCUUGCUACCAUCCCUAUGGUAACAGAUACUGUAUGCUCAGCACAGUCCAAGCUGAUCAUUACCCUGCCAGAGAAUGGGGAAUAUUCUAGAAGGGGACAGGUGAUGUGGAACGGGGAGAGGGCUGGACACAGAAUAAGUAACCUAAAAUAGCCGUUAUCCUUGUCGAACCAAUGGGAUGCCUGGCUUAGCAGUUGGCAUGGUGAUGUCACCACCUUUCAAGUCCUUGGUAAGGUUUGUGUGGCCUUCUUCGGUGUCUUGGCUCUACAAACAUUCAGCUGUAUUCAUUCUCUUGCGCUCAGUUUGUAUGCAUGUGUCUGUGAAUGUAUAUGUGUGUGAGUGUGUAUUGAACUUCAUGUGUUGAGCUGGAUUAGCUAGCCUCUUCUGCAUUGUGCAUCUCGUGCUGAGAAUACUCAACUGGGCUGCUGUGAAGCAUUGGCUCUUGAGGGACAAUGGUGUGGGUCAAGAGAGUCUCUCUCUUGCUCCUUCUGCUGGCUGUGAGAUGCGUAGCACUGGAAGAACCCAAGAAGAAUGAAUGUGUUGGUGGACAUCCAGGAAUACCAGGAGACCCAGGCCACAAUGGAAUGCCAGGCCGAGAUGGACGAGAUGGGUUCAGAGGUGACAAGGGUGAUCGAGGUGAAAUCGGCAUCACUGGACCAACUGGACAGAGUGGCCCCAAAGGAGACAAAGGGGAGCUGGGUACAGCUGGUCUGGCAGGAAUUAAGGGCAGACGUGGUGAGAAUGGAGAGAAGGGGCCACCGGGGAAGAUGGGGCCCCAAGGAGUCUCAGGGCCCAUAGGCCUAAAGGGCCAGAAGGGGGAGCUCGGGUUACCAGGAAUCCAGGGACCGAAAGGGGAUUUGGGGCCUCUGGGACCUGAAGGGCAGAAGGGGGAGAUUGGGCUCCAGGGGGACCGAGGCAUCCAGGGGCCCUUGGGAACUCCAGGCCGACCAGGACCGAAGGGAAACCUCGGCCCCCCAGGGUUCAAAGGCAACAUUGGUUACCGCGGAGAGCGAGGGAAUCUGGGCGAGACAGGGGAGAAGGGAGAGAAGGGGGACACAUUCUUCAUCCCAAAAAGUGCAUUCUCAGUGGGUCUAACCGAAUACACCAAACUCCCACCGGCUAACGCACCGAUCAGGUUUGACAAGGUGAUUUACAACCGGCAGGACCAUUAUGACCCACAGACCGGACGGUUCACCUGCGUGGUGGCUGGGGCCUACUACUUUACCUACCACAUCACUGUGUUCUCCCGUAAUGUAAAAGUAGCAUUAGUGAGAAACGGGGUGAAGGUGAUUCACACCAUGGAUAACUACCAGAGCAGUGAGGACCAGGCGGCAGGUGGGACUGUGUUGCACCUGGAGAAAGGGGACAAGGUGUGGCUGCAGGUGGCUGGAGGAGAGCUCUUCAACGGGCUGUUUGCUGAUGAAGAUGAUGAUACAACAUUCUCUGGGUUCCUUCUCUUUGGUGCAGAAUAGGGGUUAGGUCCACAUGGCUCAGUGAAGUAACACAGGAAAUUUACAAUACCGCCUGUUACAUAUGAGGUUAAUAUGACUUUAAUAUGGAGUUAAGAUGACUUUGAUAAGUCGUUCACAUGACGUUAAUAGCCUAUCGUAUACAGUAAUUUUAGGCAAUGACAAAAGCAUUGUUUAAAUGGUUUGUUAUCAAAUAUGAACAUAAACGAAACAACAAUUUGUGUGUAAGAUCAUCUCUCUGAUAACUCGGCAAACUAUGACAGAUUUCCUGUGACGUGUUCUUGUAUCUUGUUUGAUUUCAAUAAAAUUUCAUACACUGUAAA